AUGCGGCUCUCACUACAACCAUUGCUCCUUCUGGCGCUAUCGUCCCUCGGCGCUGCCGUCUUCCAGGAUGAAGUCGGCCAAAUCGAUUUCCACCACGCGCUCGUAGGCGUCCCCCAGGUCGAAACCACCUUCUUCCAUCGACCCCGAAAGCAAGAUAAGGCGAGCCUCCUUUACACACUCAGCGACGUCGGCAUUGUCGGUGCUGUCAACCCCAGCAAUGGCGCUGUUGUUUGGCGUCAGCAGAUUGCGGAUGAUAUUACCAAUGGCGGCGGUUUCUUGCGCGCUGCUGAGGGCGAACACUGGGUUGCUGCGGCGUAUGGAUCUCGAGUGCAGGCUUGGGAUGCGCUGACUGGUCGUAACGUCUGGCACAAUGAGUUUAAGGGCGAGGUUAAGGAUCUGGAGAUUCUGGAGAUUACUGAGAGCUCUCGAAAGGAUGUUUUGGUCCUGUACGAUGAGGACGGCACUACGGUUCUACGACGUAUACAUGGUACUUUGGGACAGGUUGUUUGGGAGUUCCGUGAGGUCGCUCACAACAUUCCUCUCCAGGUCUCGACCGAUAUCUCCAAGAUUUACGUUGUCAGCCUUCAUGGAUCACCUGCUUCUUACAGCCUCAAGGUUACUGCGCUCGAUACUCUUACUGGAGGACGAUUGGACGACUUUGCCAUUGGCACCAAGGGCGAUGUCCACGGACCCAAGGAUGUUAUGUUUGUUGGCGGCAACUCAGCUGCUCCUAUUCUUGCUUGGGCUGAUAGCAGCCUUUCCAAGCUCAAGGUCAACGUUCUCGGCAGCAAGACUACUCAGGAUCUUAAGUUGCCCAGCGACGCUGUCUCCGUUGUCAUCCACGCCCCCCAUCUCACUCAAUCGCAGCCCCAUUUUCUUGUCCACACUCGAACCAAGACUGGAAACAAGGCUGAGGUUUACCACACCGAUCUGAAGACUAGCCAGGUCUCCAAGGCCUACGAGCUUCCCCACCUCUCCGGCCCAGGUGCCUUCUCCACCAGCUCCGAUGGAGCUAACGUUUACUUUGCUCGCGUUACUGACGACGAGACUCUGGUUGUCUCUUCCGAGUCUCAUGCUGUCCUUGCUCGCUGGGCUUUCAAGCCUGCUGGUGAUAUCGAGGCUGUCCAUGCUGUUGCUGAGGUUAUCAAGAAGCCUGGUACCGAGGGCUUCGCUAUCCGAGCUGCUGCUGUUACCAAGUCUGACGACUGGGUUCUUGUCCGCAACGGCGAGGUUGACUGGAAGCGUCCCGAGGGCCUUUCUGCUGCCGUCGCUGCUGUCUGGGCGGAUGUCCCCGGCACUGAGAACCUCGCCAAGGUUCUUGAGGAGGAGGCUCACACCAACCCUCUCAGCGCCUACAUCCACCGUGUUACCCGCCACAUUGACGACCUCCGGUACCUUCCUGAUUACCUCUUUUCUCUUCCCGAGCGCUUCAUCUCCAGCGUCUCUGGUGGCGAGACCGUCAGCAAGAAGGAGGGUCUGCACCGAGACACUUUCGGAUUCAACAAGCUUAUUGUUCUUGCAACUCGCCGCGGUCGCAUGUACGGCUUGAGCACUGAGCACAAGGGCCAGGUUGUCUGGUCCAAGUCUGUCCUCCCCCAGUCUCCUGGUGAAACACUCGAGGUCAAGGGCAUGUAUGCCAAGGACGAGGGUGUUGUCACUCUGCGUGGCGCCAAGGGCGAGUACGUCGCUAUCAAGAGUGACACUGGCGAUGUUGUCGAAGUUAUGCCCGCAGGAUCUCUUCCUCGUGUCGCCAGUACCGUUGUUGUCGACAGCCCUGCAGGCAAGUGGCUGCUUCCUGUCGGCCACAACGGCGAAGUCGGACCCGUCCCCGCUGGUUUUACUCCUGCCGAGACUAUUGUUGUCCGAGGCGAAGGCGAGACCCUCAAGGGUCUCAAGUUUGUUGAAGCUAACAACAAGGUUACCGAGGAGGAAGUUUGGCAGUUGCAGCUCUUCCGUGGUCAGAAGAUCGUCGAGAUUGCUAAACGUGAUUCUCACGAUCCCAUCGCUUCUAUUGGCCGCGUUCUGGCUGAUCGUCGCGUCAGCUACAAGUACCUCAACCCCAACACUAUUGUGGUCGCUGCGAUGGAUGAGGCUUCGUCUUCUCUGUCUGUUCAGCUGGUUGACACCAUCUCGGGCCAAGUUCUGGCCGCCCAAUCUUACGCUGGUGUCGACUCUACCAAGCCCAUCUCAUGCACCAUGGCUGAGAACUGGUAUGCAUGCACUUUCUUUGGACGAUACACCCUUGAGGAUGGCUCCAAGCGAUCUAUCCAAGGCUACCAGAUUGUCAUCAACGACCUCUACGAGUCUUCCUCGCCCAACGACCGUGGCCCUCUGGGCGAUGCCGAGACAUUCUCUCCUCUCAAGCCUGUUGACUCCCCCGAUGGACCUGGUCUGCCUUGGGUCGAGUCCCAAGCUUACGUCGUGUCUCAGCCACUCGACCAUCUCUCAGUGACACAAACUCGACAAGGUAUUGCCAACCGUUAUGUUCUCGCCUACCUCCCUGAAGCCCACUCCAUCGCCGGUCUGGGCCGCCAGAUCCUCGACGCCCGACGACCCGUUGGUCGUGACUCUACCCCAGCUGAGAAGGAAGCCGAAGGCCUUGUCCAGUACUCCCCCAGUAUUGAGAUCGACCCUCGAUCUGUCAUUUCUCAUCAGCGAAACGUCUUGGGUGUCAAGAACAUUCUCGCCACACCUGUUAUCGUCGAGAGCACAACUUGGAUUGUUGCCUACGGCGUGGACGUCUUUGGAACAAGAUUGGCUCCUAGCGGCAUGUUCGAUAUUCUCGGAGAUGGGUUUAACAAGCCUACUCUCAUCCUGACUGUUGUGUCGCUGCUGGGCGGCGUGCUAUUCCUGUCACCCAUGGUGAGGAGAAAACAAAUCAACAGAGGCUGGGAGAGUUAG